CAAAAUUUGAUGACCGUUUUGUCCCUACCCUUCUCCUUUUGCCUACGCUCCCCUGUUUUCUUCACAAUUUCUUUCUCCGAAAGAUAUGAUAUUUGAAACCAUGAAAAUCUACUAAAGAUCUUUCUUUUACAGAAAGAAAGAAGGAAAGACCCCCCAAAAAAAUUUGUCUUUGUGAAAGAUCAAGAGCAAGAACAGGUCUCUGUAAUGGGUUGCUUUCUUGCUUGUUUUGGUACUUCUAAAAAGGAUCGUAAGCCUAGAAGACAUAGGAACCAGGUUCUGCCCCGGGGAGUCCAUCAACAAAGGAAUGCAAGUUGCAAUGCCGUACAAUCUGCUGUCUCUUCCGUACGAGAAGAGUCUGAAAAUCCCAUUAGCGUGGUUGCAGAACUCUCGCAGAAGCAGCCAGAGGAGCAACCGAGCUUGAGUACCAGUUCUAGGAAGAAGGUGACUUUUGAUUCGAAUGUUAAAACUUAUGAGCAUGUUUCAACCCAUGAAGAUACAGAAGAUUUUGAGCAAAAGGAGAAGGAGAAGGAGAAGGAGAAAGAGAAAGAGAAAGAGAGAGAUUAUGCAAAACUAAGCCUUACUAAUUCUUCUUCUGAAGAGAGUUCGAUUACUUCGAGCUUGGUGUCUUAUCCUCCAAACCAUAGGUAUCAAAAUUGCAGGGACAGUGAUGAUGAAGAAGAGUUAGAUUUUGGGGACAGUGAUCUUGAUGAUGAAGAGGAAGAGGACGAGGAAGAGGAAGAGGAUGAUGUUGAUGGGGAGUUAGAUUAUGAAGAUGAAAUCAUUGAACCAAGAAGGGCAGCUUUCAUGGAGGAGGUUAAUAGUCCUAUGACAGUGUCUAGUUUGGCUGAGAAUGAGAUACAAUCAAUUGGGUUGAGCCGUAAUGCUCGAGAUAGAAGUGGAUAUGUCCACUCUGUCCUAAACCCAGUUGAAAAUCUUUCCCAAUGGAAAGCUGUUAAAGUAAAAGGAGGUACACCAAAAAUGAUAACUCAGAAAGAGAACUUCACAUUAGAUCAAGAACCAAGGUUUUCGUUCAGUUCAGAGCCAACUUAUAAGGAGUUAUCUCUUAGCUUCAAGUCCAAAAACGACCAAUCCAUUAAGUCAAAACAAGACAUGGCAGUUGAUGCUAGCCUUUCAAACUGGUUGGCUACCCCAGGAACCACCACACCUGUUAAUAAGACUAGCUCAUUUGGUUUUAGUACGCCUACUCCUGACAGAAGCACAUCUCAAGGAUCAAACUCAGUGAAAAGCCAAGAUGACAGGCCAAUAUUGGGUGCUUUGACUGUUGAGGAGAUAAGGCAGUUCUCAGCUACAAAUUCACCAAGGAAAUCCCCUUGCCGGAGCCCUGAUGAGAUGCCCAUUAUAGGUACUGUUGGAACCUACUGGAGCCACUCAGGGACUAGCAAGGAUUCUGGCUCAGCCACUUCGUUCAAAGGAAUACCAAACACAACUAGCAAGUACAGUGAGGAUAGAAGAGUGAAUUGGCACACUACUCCAUUUGAGACAAGGUUAGAGAGAGCUUUGAACAGAGGGGCUGCUGAAGCAUAGACUUACACACACACACACACUCCUCCUAGCUCACUUUAGAUACAACUUGUGAAAAUGUUCAUUUGUGAUUGGUUGCUGGUGCUUUUUUGUUGUUGUGUGAUGAUGACAUUUAUAAUUUUUUUAUUCUUUUGUGAAUGGGCUGUGUGUGAUAAUGCCUUGCAUUGUAACUUUUCUGAAAUUAAAUUAUGUAUUAUAAGUGUUCACUUCU